UCCUACGUACCACGAGUACUACGUACAACAAAAAUGAAGACUCCAAUUUCUCUUUUCUUUUCACUAGUGUCUCUUCUCCCCUUCAUUACAUUCCCAGCUUCAUCUCAAAAUCUUGAGAAUUUCCUUCAAUGCCUUUCCCUCCAAUUCCCAAACUCUAGCUCAAUCACAAAUGUAACCUACACUCAACAAAACUCUUCAUAUGAAUCUGUUUUAGAAGCCGCAAUCCGAAACCGACGAUUCAACACACCUUCCACUCCCAAACCUAUUGUCAUUGUCACACCAUUGCUAGAAUCCCACAUUCAAGCCACCAUUCAUUGCUCCAAGGAGCAUGGCAUGAACUUCAGGAUCCGUAGCGGGGGCCAUGACUACGAGGGUCUUUCCUAUGUUUCCUCUGAAACCCCAUUUGUCAUACUCGAUUUAGUAAAUUUCCGUUCUGUCGAAAUCGAUGUUGGAAAUGGUACUGCUUGGGUUCAAUCAGGGGCAACUAUCGGCGAACUUUAUAAUACGAUAUCCAAGGCAAGUAGCACUCUCGGCUUUACGGCCGGGGUUUGGUCAACCGUGGGCGUUGGUGGGCACUUUAGUGGGGGAGGCUACGGCUGGGUCACACGUAAAUAUGGCCUUGCUUCUGACAACGUCAUUGAUGCUCGAUUAAUCGACGUUAACGGGAGAAUCCUCGAUCGGAAAUCGAUGGGGGAAGACCUGUUUUGGGCCAUUAGAGGCGGCGGAGGCGCUAGUUUCGGAGUCAUCCUAGCAUGGAAAAUAAACCUAGUCUCUGUUCCAGAAACCGUGACUGUUUUUCGCAUACCGAGAACCUUGGAACAAAACGCGACAAGUCUCGUCCAUCGGUGGCAAUACGUUGCCGAUAAGAUGGACAAGAAUCUAACGGUCAGGAUCUUCCUCAGACGAGUGAAUUCUAGCCAAGGUGGAAAUGGUACAACGGUGGAAGCAGCUUUCACUUCAUUGUACCUUGGGGGAAUCGAUACACUUCUUCCCUUAAUGCAACAAAGCUUCCCCGAAUUGGGUUUGGUGAGGGAAAAUUGUACCGAAAUGAGUUGGAUCCAAUCAGUACUCAACUUCGGAGGUUUUAGUAUCAAUCAAUCAGUCGAUGUUUUAUUGAACAGAUCCUCUGUAGUGGAUAACUUGUACUUUAAAGGGAAAUCAGAUUUCGUGACCGAACCCAUUUCGCUAAGCGGUAUUGAAAUGAUAUUGACAAGAUUCAACGAACAACCGCAGCUGGAAUCGUCCGAGGUUAGUUUCAAUCCUUAUGGGGGAAGAAUGAGUGAGAUUUUAGUAUCCGAAACGCCUUUCCCUUACCGGAAGGGGACUACAUACAACCUCCAUUAUUCGGUGUCGUGGCAGGAAGAAGGCACAUCGGCCCUCGAUAGGCAUAUGAAUUGGAUCCGUGAUUUUUACGGGUUUAUGGCUCCCUAUGUUACCCAGAACCCGAGAUCAGCAUAUCUCAAUUAUAGAGAUCUUGAUAUUGGAGUCAAUAAUGGAGGAGGGAACAGUACUAGCUAUGAACAAGCAAGUGUUUGGGGUUUGAAGUACUUUGGAGUUAACUUAGAGAGAUUGGCACGAGUGAAAACCGCGGUGGAUCCGGGUAAUUUCUUUAGGGAUGAGCAGAGCAUUCCGGUUCUGUGAUUCUGGUGGGAGAACUGCGGUGGUUAGGAAAUAAUAUUUUUUUUGGCCAUAUAUAAAAUAAAUCAAGGAUAUGGGGAUGUUACAAAGAAAAAAAAAAAAAACCUUCGAGUAUUGAUUUGGUAGAAGAAAAAUAAAGAGGUAGUUACUUUUUUUGUUUCAUCAAUUUGCCUGUAGCUUUAUUAUGGGUUUUUGGACCCCUUGUUUUGCGUUUUGUAUUACUAAAGUGUUCACACUAGUGAUUAAUUUAUGCAACACAGUUUUUGAUUU